AUGGGCGAACAUAAUCUCCUUAAUCCUGGGUUUGUGGGACCGUUGGUGAACAUCCACACGGGAGACACCUUCUAUUUCCCCAAUUUCCGAGCCUCCGGAGGACAGCUGCCCGGCUUACCGUCUCUCUCCUACCCAAGAAGGGACAAUGUCUGUUCUUUGCCCUGGGCAUCCUCGGAGCCGUGCAACGGAUACCCCCAGCCCUACCUCAGCAGCCCCGUGUCCAUUAACCCUUCCUUCGGCAGAGCCUGCGACCUAGCUAGGGUGGAAGAAAGCAAGUGCUAUUAUAGGGAGGCGUGCUCCGAGAACGCGCCCCUCAAAAGGGAAGAGAGGGUUAGGGACGCCGCCUUGAUGCCCCUGGAGGCGGGCAUCACCAAUGGAAUGAGCGGCAAUUUCGGCAAAUUUGACUAUCCGGCGGCCGAGGCGGUGUCCCACGACCCCCCUUCUUGCCAGUCCUUAGAGUCAGACUCCAGUUCCUCCUUACUCAAUGAAGGGAACAAGGGCGCCGCCAGCGAGCCGUCCACACUGGUUUCCCCUCUCAACCAAGGAAGCAAUCUUUCCACUGGGGGUGCUCCCUGGUACCCGAUGCACACGAGAUCCCGGAAAAAGCGAAAACCCUAUUCCAAACUACAGCUCGCGGAGCUGGAAGGGGAGUUUAUGGUCAAUGAAUUCAUUACACGCCAAAGAAGAAGGGAGCUCUCAGAUCGGUUAAACCUGAGCGACCAGCAGGUGAAAAUCUGGUUCCAGAACCGGCGAAUGAAAAAGAAAAGACUCCUUCUGAGAGAACAAGCCCUUUCUUUCUUUUAAAGUUCAGAUGAGGCCGCCUUGGGCAACCACCAUAGAGAACUGUCUAGCCUUGGUCGCAGUUGAUGGUCCCGGGAC